AUGCCAGGUGUUCAUACAUUUUACGAUGGUUCAACGCUGCUGAGUCCAAUUGCUUCAGUCGUUAAUAUUGAAAUUGAUAAACUACAUCUUUUGCAGUUCAAUUUGGUCGUUUGUCAAUUUUUCGCUAUUCCGUUGGCAUAUUUCAAUUAUAAAUAUUUAUCGCCAACGAAAGUUUCGAGGAAAUUUCGAGUUAUAUUUCCACCAAUUAUUGGAUUAAUUUAUUGUUAUUUUUGUUAUGGGAAUGCCAUCAAACAUUUAUUGGCUCUUGUAUUUAUAGCAUAUGGUUUAAUGCACCUUUCACCACCGAAAUAUGUUCACAAAACAGUUUUUAUAUUUGCAAUGGGUUAUCUUAUUUUUAUUCACUGGUAUCGAUGGUAUAUUUUAACGAAAUAUUAUAUCGAUGUAACUGGUCCCAUGAUGGUUAUCGUGCAAAAAAUUACUGUUUUAGCUUUUUCCAUCCACGAUGGUCUUGUUAAACAUAAGGAAGAAUUGAAUGAAAUUCAAAAACGUGAAGCGCUUUUAGAAAUUCCUUGUCCAAGCGAUUAUCUCAGUUAUAUUUUUCAUUUUCAAGCUGUUUUGACUGGACCACUGUGUUUUUACACGGAUUAUAUGAAUUGGAUCGACGGUACCCAUGCCAUGGGAAAAAAUGGAAAGUUGGAAUCUCAAUGGUCAGCAGUUUGCAAGAAAAUAUUUCAAAUAUUGUUUUUUAUGGUACUUGUAUUGAUAAUUGGUGAUCGUUUGAAUCCGGAAAUCCUUGUUCGUGAGGAUUAUCUGCAAAUGAAUCGGUUUUCCUGGUUUAUAAUGCUUUAUAUUGUUAUGGUCAAUCAACGAAUACCAUAUUAUGUAGUGUGGAUUUUCGCUGAUGCUAUAUUUAAUAUUAGCGGAUUUGGUUUCAAUGGAUAUAAUGAAUUUGGUGAAGCGCGUUGGGAUCUUGUUUCUAAUGUGAAUGUGUGGAAAGUCGAAACAGCUCUAAAUUUCAAAGAGACACUUGAUGCAUGGAAUUGUUGUACAAUGUACUGGCUACGACGAGUUGCAUAUGAUCGGGCUCCUAAGGGGUUGCAGACUUUCCUCACUUAUUUGGUUUCAGCGGUUUGGCAUGGUUUUUUUAUAGGCUAUUAUUUAACGUUUGUAACUGCAGCGUUAUUCACAAUCCGUCGCUGUGUAAGGCAUCGCUUCCAAGGUACUAAAUUCUCCCGUCAGUUGUAUGAUGUUAUAACGUUUAUUGUAACGAAAGCUGCGCUUGCAUAUGCAACGUUUCCUUUUUCUACAAUGCAUGCUAAUCCUGGGCUGUUCGUUUACAGGCGAAUGUAUUUCUUCAUGCACUUUUUGGCACUUGGUGCAAUUUUCAUAUUGCCAUUAAUUUUAUCAUUUGAACGGAAAGUUCGAAAAGAAGCCGAAACUGGUAAAAAUGUGUUAUUCGAACGGAAUAGCGAGAAAAAGUCAUCUGGUUACUCAUUAGAUGGAAAGCAACUGGCCAUACAACUUCAAUUCAUUGAUUCUAAUAAGCAAAAAUUAGCUAAUUGA